CCAUUAAAGCCCCACCAUCACCACCGCCACCAAACUCCUCCCGUUUGAGCUGGUUGGUUUGGUUCUGUUUGAUCACAUAACAAAAAGUCACCUCUCCUCUUAUAUAGAACCCACCAACCAGACUUGCCAUUUCCACCUCGUUGCCACCACUGCCUCCUGGCCGGGCGGCUCUUCACGCUGCCACGGCCCAGGCAAUCCCAUACAUUGACAUUCGGGUCGAACGACUCGAGAAAUCAGACAGAGAGAAUUCGUACGACAUACCCCAAGCCCUGGAAGGUAGGUACGUACUCAAAGUCGCUGAGAUAUGAAUAAAGAAGAGCCUGAACAAAGCCACAUUGUUUUAUUGUCUUCAUGUUCAUCCCCAUCCUUGUCGUCCCUGAGCGGAUCGGAUGGGGAAGAGCUACAACAGAUUCCAGUUGGCCUGGCUAAGAAGAAUAGCCGCAAGUGCCUAUCCAAACAACUUUCAAUGUGCGAGACCCCACGGGACAUUGCGUGGGAGAAGCGGAGGCGUCAGAUCCUUCACCAAGAAAGGAAGAAAAACGGGAUUAAUAACUCCGGGGAUAUUACCGAUGAGGAUUUGAAUGAGCUAAAAGGAUGCAUAGAUCUAGGGUUUGGGUUCAAAGAAGAGGAGGGUGUACAAGAUUUGUGCAACACUUUGCCAGCCCUUGACCUUUACUUCGCCGUGAACAGGCAGUUGUCGCCGAGUCCAGUAUCGACGCCGCAAAGCCAUGGAUCAUCGCUGUCAUUUUCGAUGUCAUCGUCCUCGCUUGGCGGAGGUUCUUCGUCCUUUGGCAGUCCUAGGAGUGAUUCCGACACAUGGAAGAUUUGUAGUCCGGGGGAAAAUCCACAGCAAGUAAAAACCAAGCUGAGGCAUUGGGCUCAGGCUGUGGCCUGUUCAGUGAGGCUGCACAGGGAUGGCAUGUUGUAGAUGCAAAAGCAGGAAAGAAGGAGAACGGUUUGGUUAAAUCGGGGUCUCCUCUUUCCAAUGAUUUUCUAAUAGCCUCACAGAAAAAAAAAAUUGUGUAGCUUUCCAUGUUUAUCUCUUAGGUUAAGAGAAUGACAUUUCCAUAAUGUCAAUUCAUUAUAACUUUGGUUAGGAAAGAAGUUCUCCUCCUUCAUCUAAACUGUAUUGCUUUCAUUAAUUUCUGUAAUUGGGUAAAAGAUGCAGAUGAAAAAAGAUCUGCAUUUCGCCUAUUCAUGAUCAAAUGAUCAUUGUCUUCAUUUUUUCUUUGUCUUCCCAAUAAAGAACUACAUUUCCUUUUUCC